AUAUACGGAUUAUACCCUCGAUGCUCAUUGGUAGACGUCUCAACUCAAUGAAUCAGGAUUGUUUUGUGUCGAAAGUUCUGAAGAGGUUGAAUAUUAUUUUGCGUAAGCGCGCACAACGCGGAUGCAUUUUAUUCCGUUUCCUGUUUGCUUUUGAUUGUUAUAAAUGAAUCGUUAUCUAAUUAAUCUAUCCUACAUUGGUACUCACUUCAGAGGUAUUCAGAAGAACCUUUUGAAAGAUUCGGGCCAUGUGGAAGAUCCGCAUUCGGUUGAAGGAGUACUAGAAAUUGCGCUAAAAAAGUUUGCCCCAGUUAACGAAUUUAAAAUUAAGGUAUCUAGUCGGACCGAUGCCGGUGUACAUGCUCUACACAACACCGUUCAUGUGGACCUGGAAAGACCAUAUGGGGGACCAUACAAAACACACAAGCUGACCCAACGGCUGAAUAGGGCGUUUGGAGCUCAAGGUUUACCGUUGAGGAUACUCGACACAAAACUGGUGCCGAUGACUUGCCACGCGCGGCUUUGUGCCAAAUCUCGCACAUAUAUGUACCGUUUGGGUGUGUUGAGGCCUCAGUUUUGUGUGAAUCCUAAUAUGCACCCCUUUAGUCGGUUCGUGCCAAUUGAUGAACACGAUCGGUGCUAUUUUAUAGCUCAUGAAAAAUUUGAUAUAGAACGACUGAAGCGGGUUGCCAGUAUGUUUCAAGGAUAUCACGAUUUUCGGACGUUCAUGUCAGUUGCUCGUGGCAAUAAUCGACAAGAGGACCCGACUUAUACGCUUAGAAAUAUUGACUAUAUUUCAAUAGACAGAGGCAUUUCGAUGGCGUCGGCAUUCAACAGAGACAUAGCUGAGAAAUAUUACGAGUACUGGGACAUUCGGAUAAAGGCUAGGUCGUUCCUCUACAAGCAGGUACGACGCAUGGUAGGAGCCUGGAUCGCUGCCGCAGAAAACCGUAUUAGCGAGCGUGACAUCUACCGCAUGUUGACAGUGCCCUCGCAGCGCUCGUGGUGCAAUCAAGUAACCGUGGCUCCAGCCUACGGGCUAUACCUGUGCCAAGUCGAGUACGAUCCCGAAGAUUUGCAGUUCCCUCAAGAUGAGUUUUCUGGACCAGCUGAGGAAAAGCAAACAAUCGUUGCAGCCAACUGAAACGACGGUUACCUAUAUGGAUGGCAGUAGGAAGAUUUUUCGUGGUGAGAUGGAACGCAAUGCUCCAGCUCGUUUAGGAUUCAUAGUGGACACCAGCCCUGAUCAAGUGCCGGCGUGUAUUCUUAGUAAUUUUCUU